AUGUUGAAUUAAGUUCUUUAAGUCAUUGGUGUUUAGUAAAAUGAGGAAUAAUAAAUGGAAGCAAUAUAUGAUGAUUUUUAGAGACCUCCAAAGAUUAAGAUUGCUAUGAUGCAUGCUGCAGCAACAAAAUUUGCCAAGACCGAUCCAAAUAUUGACCUUGAUAAAACAAAUGUUUGUCCAUGUUGUGGAUUACCAGCAGUCAUUGAAGAAAUUCCAUUAUGUUCAUCAAGAAAUGAAUUCAGUUUCAAUGGAUCAGGAAUAGCAUUGUAUUUUGAUUUCUUAGUUUUUUCUGGAGUUAUCGUAUUUGCUUAUAUGUAUAUUAAUUUAUGUCUAUAUAUUAGAGCCAUUAGUUGUGGAUACAAUAUAUAUGCUAAUUCUCAAGGGAAGAGAUGCAGUUUAAUAAAGAGUAGUAUUGCUGAUAAAUGUAAAACAGAUUUUUUCAACUAAUUUUCAUUGACAAAUGAUAAUGAGUAUUAAUAUUAUUAUAUAUCUUUUAGAGAUUUCGAUGAAGUUCGUAGCAUUCUAAAUUUUAUAUCUCUAAUAGUGAUAUUAUUUUUGACUUUAUUUUACAGAAGACAUAUUAGUAAAAUAGCUAUGGAAUUAGAUGAUGCAGCCAUUUUAGCUUCUGAUUUUUCAAUAAUUGUUGAAAAUAUUCCUAGAGAUGCAAAAGAACCUGAAAUUUAAGAAUACUUUUCAUAACCAUUUCAAAAUGAAACUGUCGAAUUUAGAAAACUUUGCAUUGCUUAUGAAAUAUAACCUUAUUUAAAACUUAAUACUUAAAAAUAACUAAAAGAAACGGUACUUACAAAAGUACUUGAAUUAGAAGCAGAAGGAAAAUAAAUACCUAAAUCAAUACCACCUAGAGUUUAAUUAAAAUAAGAAAUAGAUAAAAUUUCAAAGGAAUUAGAUUAUAUGGAAGAUCAUAGAGCUACUAUUUUUGAUUUCAGUGGAAUUUGUAUUAUAACUUAUAAUUAUGAAAAAUAAGCAGAUAAUGUUUGUAAAACAUUCAAAGCUACAAGAUUUAAAAUCUUAUUAGAUUAAUUAGGAAUUGAAUAAAAUGAAUUUAAAAAAUUUAGAAACAAUAAUCUUUUAGUAAGAAAAGCACCUGAACCUGGUGAUAUCAUUUGGGGUAAUCUUGGAAUAACAAUUAAAGAAUAAUAUAAAAGAACAUUAAUAACAAAUGCUAUGACUCUCUUUUUAUUAGCAAUUGGAUUUGGUUUAUUACUUGGAUUAUCUUAUGCAUAAAAUGUUAUUAAUAAGAAUAUCUCAAAAGGAUCAACAACAGAAACAAUUAUUAUUACUCUACUUGGAUUUGCAUCAUCAAUCCUAAUCUCGAUUAUCAAUGUUGUUUUGGCUAAAAUGAUUGUUAAAUUUGCUGAAUUAGAAUAAUAAGCUACUAGAACAGAUUAUAAUGUAAGUGUAGCUUAUAAAAUGGGAGUAGCUCAAUUUCUAAAUACUGCUAUCUUAACCUUAAUUAUUAAUCUAUUUAUAUAAGAAGAAAUGAUAAGUUUAGAUUAAGCUAUUUGGUAGACAGGUGGACUUAAUUCAGAUGUGAUGUUGAUUUUCAUUACUAAUUCUAUUACACCCUGGUUGACUCUAUUGUUAGAUGUUAAUUAUUUUUAUAAGUUAUAUGUUAGACAGAAAAUUAUUAAAUAAGGAGAAAAUUGUAAAUAUACUUAAAAUGAAGCUAAUUAGUAAUAAUCUUAUUUAUUUAUAGAGCAUUUGAAGGACCAACAAUUGAUUUAUCCUAAAAAUAUGCUAAAUUAUGUAAAACCCUAUUGUUUACAUUUCUAUAUUCAGCAUUAUUGCCUGUUGGAGUUUGUUUUACAUUUCUCUCAAUAGUUUGUAUAUAUUGGACAGAAAAGUAUUUAUUAAUAAGAAGAGAUUCCAAGCCUGCUCCAACAGGUAGUGCAAUGGCUGAAGCUAUGAUCGAUUUUUAUAUAGAAUUAAUUCUAUUAUUGUUUUCUGUAAAACUUUAAAUUAAUUAUUUAGUUAGGAUGUACUUUUUGGGAAUGGAUAAAUUACGAUAAAAUUCAUAUCCUAACAUGGUUAUAAUUAGGAUUUUCAACAUUACAUUAUUUAAUUCCAAUUUAAAAAAUAUGUGGUUGUAUAGUAGAUUUAGGAAUUGAUAAUGCAACUAUUGAAUCAUAUGAUGAAAAAUUCUUAACUUUUUAUGAUGAUUAUGAUCGACGUAAUCCUGUGACUUUAGAUGCAGCUAAAGAAAAAUGGAUUAAAAUUCAAUAGGAAACAGUAUAACCUACUCCUUAACCAAAAACAAGGUAAAAUUAAAUAAUAUCAAUCUUAGUAAUUAACUAAAAAAAUAUCAUUAAAUUCAACAUAUAACAACAGGUAGUACAAAAAUUCAUCCUAUAGAGAGUAGAAAUAGUAGAGAAAUAGAUGAUUUAUAAUAACUUUAAGUUUGA